GCAAUGUGAUAAUAUCGCACUUUAUCGUGAGAUCUCACGCCCGCCGUUAUUCAGAGUGACGUAAAACACAAGAUCUCGUAUUUCUUCACUGACGGUACCAAUGUCUAUCUGAUUUUUGAUGCAUUUGUUUUGCUUGUAUUUUUGUGAGUUCAUAUGGACGAAAACGUGCAUUUCUUUAGAGUUGUCUUAGAAUUUCUGCAGUUAGUCACGUGCCAUUAUCUUCCCCUAGACUAAAUCACGGAAACCUUACGAAAAAACGAAAUUUGACUCCGCAUGGAGAAGUUCCUGUAUCGGAUGGUCAUAAUUCACGCUAUUUCCCGUGAGAUGACGAUAUCCUCUUUCUGUUUCACCUUGGGGUGCCUCACUACGUUUUGACACGCUUUACAAAAAGAAAAUUGUAAUGAAAUUGAUUUCUGCGGCCAUUUGCUUCAGUGAUUGUUCUUAGAUUACAGAAGGGCAUUGGCAAGGCAAGGCGGCGGAGUACUGGCAGGACUGGUGACGCUGUAGGAAUAAAUGGGAGAAACUGCUCAGUGUCAGUCAAUUUUGGAGAAAUGUACUUUUGUUAAUAUGUUGACAUAUAAUAAAACGUUUCAUCGCGAGUGAUAUUGGAGGGAAAAAAUAAUUAUCUUAGAUAUAUUCUACAAAAUGCUAAGUAACUUUUGGAUUUAAUUUUUUAAAAAAAUCCCUCGUUACCAUGGAUAAAAAAGAAAACGGUGUCUCAAGCCUCACCAAAGAACUGAAUGGCAUGGCGAGUAGUGGAAAUGAAAAAAGAGAUUUGUUUGUGGAAUACAAUACAGACAGACGGACCGGGUGUUAUCUCAGUCGCUUCCAAGUCACGUGUUUGAUUCUCGGGAAUUUGUUCAUUUUGUGUACGGCGGUGGCAUUGGUCGCGUUUGUGAAGAAGGAACGAAUCAUAUACGGGUCUGUUUCUGAUGCUGUUUGCAGCUGUCAGACUCCCAGGUCCCACACAAACGUAACGGUAGACUAUUUAUACGUUAAAAACCAAACUUCUCUAACUGUUUUGACCGAGAAUCUCGCCGAAACAGAAAAUUCUACACUAGAGGAAAGUAAUAAUGUUGAAGACAGUAAUAAUGAGGAGAGUGAGGAAACCACACAACUUCCGGAAGAGGAGGCGGAUCCGGAAAAUGCGCCGUGGCGGAAAAUUCGACUUUCACGAGAUCUCAUGCCUCUGCUUUACGAGAUUAACUUAGAAGUAGAUUUAGAAAACCUCACUUACCGGGGUCACGUGAAUAUGACUCUGAUCUGUACCAAUAACACCAAAUUUGUUAUAUUUCAUAUUUCUCAUCUAUUUUUGGACAAGGAUUCUGUGAAGGUCAGCGAAAAUGGCACUAAAAAUGUUUUUAAAAUUUUAAAACAGUUUCGUUAUAUAAUAAACCAGUUUUGGGUGAUGGAGCUAGACUCGGAAUUGUCGGCAGGUACCGUUUACAAAGUCAGUGUGGGAUACCGAGGCUUUUUGCACGAAGAUUUGAGAGGGAUUUACCUCAGUAAAUACGUCACACCGGAAGGAGAGAUCAGGCGACUGGCGGCCACACAACUUCAGUCAACAGACGCAAGAAAGACGUUCCCCUGCAUGGACGAGCCGGAUAUGAAGGCGGCCUUCCAGUUAACGCUGACCCAUCAAGAGGAAUACGAGGCCAUCAGCAACACACCCCGGAAGUCAGAGCGACUGGCGAACGGCUGGAAGACUGUGGAGUUCCACGCCACCCCCGUUAUGUCCACCUAUCUGUUAGCCAUCGUCAUCUCAGACUUCACUCACAGAGAAAUGGUUCUGGACAAUGGAUAUAACAUCCGAGUUUGGUCACAACCUGACAAGAUCAAGCAAACAGAGUACGCGAUCGACAUGGUGAUGAAGUGUUACAAUUUCUUCACUGAAUACUUCAAUAUCACAGACGUGUUGACCAAAUCAGAUCACGUUGCAGUUCCGGAUUUCAGUGGGGGAGCAAUGGAGAAUUGGGGUCUCGUGCUUUAUCGCGAGACUGCGUUACUAUAUGAACAUGGCGUGUCCUCCAGCGAAAACAAGCUAAUGGUCACUCUCAUUGUGGCUCAUGAAGUUGCACAUACGUGGUUUGGUAAUAUGGUAACUAUGCGGUGGUGGGACGAUCUGUGGUUGAAUGAGGGCUUCGCGAGUCUUCUGAUGUAUUUUGCAAUGGACGCCAUUUACCCAGACUGGAACGUCUUUACUUUAUCUGUUGUUGCAAAAGAAGUAUUUCCAGUGAUGGUCAAAGAUGCUCUGACGACAUCACAUCCGGUUUCUACUCCGAUCGCCACACCUAACGACAUUGCAGAAUCGUUUGAUUCCAUUUCAUACAGCAAGGGCAUGGCGAUUCUGAGAAUGUUGAUGGGAUUUGUGGGAUGGGAAGACUUUCAGAAAGGACUGCGGACCUACGUUAGCAAAUUUAAAUAUCAAAAUGCAGCAAUGGACCAACUGUGGGACACUUUUACAGAGGCAGUGAAUUAUAAAUACGACAUUAAAUCUACUAUGAACACAUGGACCCGCCAGAUGGGUUACCCAAUCAUUACGAUGCACGCCCAGGGAGACAGUUAUUAUCUAACCCAGAGUAGAUUUCUUCUUGACGACGGUAAAACCACCAACUCUAAUGGAGGGAUGUACGACUACAAAUGGGUGGUGCCAUUUACUUACAUCACAGAAGGUGAUCAGGAGGUGCAACUGCAGUGGAUGAAUAAAUCUUCAGCCACAAUACCAAGGACUACAGACUCGUGGAUUCUGGCCAAUUAUGAGUACGUGGGGUAUUAUCGCGUGAAUUAUGAGGUUGACAUGUGGGCGCAACUGGCCGGUAUUCUGAAUCGAAACCACACCGAGUUUCCGGAAGCAAACCGAGCGGGAUUGAUAGGAGACUCCUUUAACCUGGCCAGAGCGAAAAUCCUGGAUUAUGACGUUGCACUAAAUAUGACGACAUAUCUGAAAUACGAGAGAGGUUACGCCCCCUGGGUGGCGUUUCUGGACUCCGUGGAAUACAUCAGAAGUUCCAUCUCCAAGUCGGGGGCAUAUGUCCUCAUGCAGAAGUAUCUACGUGAUUUGGUGGCGCCAGUGUUUGACUCCAUAGAGAUGACCAUGGAGGGGAAUCUCCCAGAAAGAUACUUACGGCAGACCAUUCUAAAGCUGGCCUGUAAUGUUGGUUACAAGCGAGCAGUGGAAUACGCCAAGGGAAUGUUUUAUCACUGGAAGAACGACGGAAUCACGUUGCCCAGUGAUUUUGCCUCUAUGAUCUACACAGUGGGGGUCAGUGAGGGAGGGAUGGAGGAGUGGGACUACGUAUGGAACAGGUCGCUGUCCACUAACGUGGCCGUGGAAAGGGAGAUGCUGAUGCAGGCCCUGGGGCAGUCCCAGAAACCAUGGCUACUCUGGAGAUACGCCAAUUGGAUCUUUGAUCCAAGCAAAAUAAGGAGGCAGGACGUUAGAUUGGUUAUUAGCUACCUGUCGAAGCGCCCCCUGGGGAGGAUGAUCUCUCUACAUCUCUUGAUGACGAAAUGGGACAGAUUAAAUGAACAAUUUGGAUUUGACAAUUUUUUACUGAGGGAAACAAUAUCGGAAGUGACACAGUUUGUUAAUUCGGAGUUUGAAUAUAAACAGUUAAGAACUCUAUUUAAAGACCAUCCCCCCAAAGUGGCGAAAAAAGAGACACAGAACUCCUUAGCCCUCAUCAGAGCCAACAUCAACUGGAUGGAUGAAAAUUACGACGUCAUCACUGACUGGUUACGUGAUCACGUGGUUGGUAUGUUAUGAUAAUUGAUGCUUAGGAAUUGACAAGACCAAAGUUUUCCAAAUGUUCCACGUGAUUAGAAUUCAUGCCACUGACGUGAUUUUAAAAAAAAAAGAUUUUUCACAAACUUCAACUUGGAUACGAAAUAAAAUGAAUUAUACAACAUUUGAAUUCCUACGGAAACAGAAAUUAUCGGAUAGAGUGUUCCAUUUUCAUUCGGCGAAUAGGUACCAAGAUGUGUUCAACUGGAAAAAGCAGGGGCGGAACGUUGGAAAGUGUAACUAAAAAUUAACAGACUCAAAUGUCAUGUAUAUAGUGGUUUCUUCAUUAAGAUAUUUUGUUUACAUUUAGUUUGUGAAUAUUUUGUACAGAAUGUUGGGUGUUAUAAUCGUUGUGAUGUAAUGGUACCAGCAUAACUUACAAUUUGAAAAUUGUACAUUCAAAAUAAAUUGAUACCUACAUUCAAUGUUAGAUGACGUAUACAAUCAAUGUUUAAUGACGCAAACAUUUCAUUUAAAUUGACACGUACAUACAAUGAUAAUUGACGCCUAAAUUUCAUGUUAAACGACGCGUACAUUCAAUGUUAAAUGACGCGUACACUCAAUGUUAAACGACGCGUACAUUGUAUUUUAAAUGACACAUGCAUUCGGUGUUUAAUGACGCGUGCAUUCGAUGUUAAAUGACGCAUACAUUCAAUGUUAAACGACGCCUACAUUCUAUUUUAAAUGACACAUCUAUUCGAUGUUUAAUGACUCGUACAUUCAAUGUUAAAUGAUGCAUACAUUUGAUGUUAAAUGACGCGUACAUUCGAUGUUAAUUGAUUCAUACAUUCAAUGUUAAACGAUGCAUUCAUUCAAUGUUAAAUGAUGCAUACAUUCGAUGUUAAAUGACGCGUACAUUCGAUGUUAAAUGAUGCAUACAUUCGAUGUUAAACAAUGCAUACAUUCGAUGUUAAACGAUGCAUACAUUCGAUGUUAAACGAUGCAUACAUUCAAUGUUAAAUGGCACAUACAAAAAUGUACGUUAAAUGACGCCCAUAUUCAAUGUCAGCGUUAUUUAAAUUUAACGACGCCUACAUUUUAUGUAAAAACGUACAUUUGAUGUUAACUGACGCGUACAAUCAAUGUUAAAUGACGCCCAUAUCCAAUGUCAGCGGUCGUUGAAUACUAAAUGACGUCUACAUUUAAAUUCAUUUGAGUUCUGAGAUAAUCUACGAAUGAUAAUGCAGGGUCACGUGUCCUACAAUGUUGUAUUCUUCUACAUCUAUUAAAUACAACCAUUUACUCCAAAAAGUUGUGAGUUUUGUUUGCUAAAUAAACUUGUUAUGUACAAAUAAUCAGUGAAACUGUAUAUUGAAAUAAAUUGUAAUUUUUC